AUGGCGCUCCCCGAAGUCCAUGCCGUGGCAAUCGAGGCCCAGUAUGCAGCGCAAGCUGCGGCUGAGGUUCUUGGGCGUCUGACGGCCGCUCUUGGAACCAGCUCUCAGCUCAUGGGUGCGUGGCUUCAAGAGCGUGACGCCCUUUAUGCACGCCAACGGCAGUUGGAGCAACAGCUGGAGACCAUCCAGCUGCAAGCAACGCAGGAAAGGGAGCAGCUCGCGUUCCAGCGUGCGUCAGGCAGCUCGAAGCGAAACUCAAGGAGUUGCACAGAGGAGGUCCUCGCACGGGGAAUCUCUCACCACCACGACAGUCACGAGGGAAGGGGCACCAGCACACGUGACCACCACGACAGUCACGAGGGAAGGGGCACCAGCACACGUGACCACCACGGCGUUCAUCUUCGUGCCGAGCAGCAGCUGCUGGCGGGUAGAGAUGGCCCCGCGACAACAACGACCCCUGAAAACAAUAACAACAAUAACAACAACAGCAAGAGAAAUACCACCACUACCACCACCAUCACCACUAGCACCACUAGCACCCGAUCAGACGGCACCACCACACCACGCAGCGCGUCCUCGGACGUGUCUUUGCCGCCCAGCCAGCCCCGAAACCGCCUAGCGUAUCACGACAGAGUGCCAGAGACCCUUUUCUUCACGAACCUCUGGCAGGAGGAUUUGUUCGGGGGGGCAGGCCCUUCCUCGGCUGCGGUUGCACAGCUGUUCACAACACGUAAAAAGGACACCCCCCGACUUCCUAACAGACACUUCCCCGCACCUCCGCCGGAUCGCGCCUCCCUCCUGCCCUGUUGGAAUGAGAAUGAGAAUGAGGAUGAGGAUGAGGAUGAGGAUGAGAAUGAGGAUGAGGAUGAGAAUGAGGAUGAGGAUGAGAAUGAGGAUGAGGAUGAGGAUGAGAAUGAGGAUGAGGAUGAGAAUGAGAAUGAGGAUGAGAAUGAGGAUGAGGAUGGGCCUCUCCCAAGUCCGGGGGCAGCGGCGGGCCGCAGAGAUGCUGCAGUCGGGGGCAAAACUGGAGAGGAGGGCGAUGUCACGCAGCCGCCGCGGCUGCCGUCACCGCGGGCCCCUGCCUUCUCAACCGCGGAGGAGAGGAAGCUCUUGGAUGGGGCGGCGGCGGCGGCGGCGGCGGAGCCUGCCGUCGACGCUGCUGCUGCUGCAGCGGCGGCAGCAUGGGCUUCCCGCGAGCAGGAGCUCACGCAGGAUCAUGCGGUGCAGCUGGAAGCCGCGUGGUCGGAGCCAACGCAUUUGCACUCCCGGCACCCAAACCAUAUGGGCAGUGGAACCCCCGGAUGUAGGCCCCAGACGCCCUGCCGGAAUAAGGCCCUGCAAGCCGACCUUCAGCGCCUGAUGACGUAUCGCCGUACCGCCCAGGAGCUUCGAGCUAGUAACCAGUCGCCGCCGACGGAGCCCGGCGCUCCCGGAGGGGGCGGAAGGGGAGGAGGAGGAGGAGGGGCGUCCGGGCUCUGUCUAAAUGCUGGCGGCGGCGAUGGCAAUGGCAGCUUCGGAGCUCCUUUGCGACGACGGCGGGGAGGACCGGAAGACGGCGGCGCUGGUGGCGCAGGCCCGCCGUCGUCGGCGCUGUACCGAGGGCCCGCGGCGGCGCACCUCCCGUCGUCGACCCGUUGCUCUGGCGGAGGCGAGCCGGCGGAUGCAGCGGCGGCGGCGGCGGAGUGUACGGGGAGAUGUACGACAGCCCUUGAGUUGGGGUGUAACCCUUCAGCUGGUGCGAUUCCUGGCACGAAACAACGGCUGCCGGAUUGUGGGACCGAGGCGGUGGCGGUGGCGGCGCCAGCGCCAGCGGCACUGACCAGCAGGGUUGAAGAUGGCAUGCAAGCCGCUGAUCGGGGGAUUCCGGAUGGUGCGGCGGGGGGUGACGGCGGCAGCGGCGACGGCGAUGACGACGUGGAUAUGACGCAGGAGCCGUCAGAGGGUGAACGGUGCGGGAGAGGGGGUGAGGACACGUGGCGUGGGUACGGCGGUGACGGCGACGGCGGUGACCGCGGGGGUCAAGAUGGCUUCGGCGGCGUUAAGUGCGGGGAGCAGUCAGGUGGCGGCGGCGGCGGCGGCGGCGGCGAGGGUGGUGGCGCACUGGAGCCUGCGCAGGCUCCCGGCGAGGUGCAACGGCGGCGACCAGCAGCAGCUGCAGCGGCGCGACAGCAGCAGACGCAAAGGUACCGGCUGCCGUUAGGAUGGCAGCAACUACAGCAAGAAGAAGAAAAACAACAACAACAACACGAUCUUGACAACCCGGAGAUGUGUAUUAACGCUGCUGCUGAUGAUGAUAAUGAUCAUGAUGAUGGUGGUGAUGAUGAUGGCGGCGGCGGCGAUGGCAGCGGUGGUCGCGGCAAGGGUGAUGGCGGGCUGCCGCCACUCGCACCGGAUCUGGGCGAACAGCGGCAGGGGCCCCGGCAGCUGGGCACACGGGGAGGGCAGCUCGCGGCGGAGGGUGUUGGCCGUGGCGGCGACAUCGGCGGUGGGGUUACUGGUCACAUUGCCGUACUCGCCGUGGACGAAUGCGCGGGUAGGGGGGUCAGCUCCACGGCGGCCCGAUGGGCGGCAGCUGGUGCUGCUUGCGCCGGCCGACCCGCGGGUCGCAUGGCGGACGCCGCGGCUGGUGGCGGUAGUGGUGGUGGUGGAGGGUGGCUGAACAAGCGGCGUAGCCGGUCUUGGGACGCGCUAGAAGCUCAUGGAGUCGCGGGUCUGUUUGGUGGUGAUGGUGUUGGUAAUGGUGGAGGUGGGGGUGGGGGUGGAGGUGGUACGGGAGGGCCGGGGGGUGAAGCAGGGGCGCCUCAUGGGGGUGAGAAGCGGCUGCUCGGCCGCCGUUAUGUGCAGCAGCAGCUGCCCUUCACCAUGCAGAAGCCGAAACCCGAUUCAGGAUCAGCGGCGGCGGCGGCGAAAUCGCAGCAGCUGCAGCAGCCUGUACGGCGUCCUCGUCUUCAGCCCAGCCAACCAUGGCAUCAGGCCGCUGACGGCGCCGCCCAUCACGACCCAAGCGGCUUUGUUGAUCUAUCGGCGGCCGCACCAGCGCCGUACGACAAUGAUGGCGGUGAGGGCAGCGGCGGCGGCGGCGGCAGGGCUGCCUGUAUGAACCUCAGUCCGGGGGCCCCCAGCAGCACCGGGGGGUAUACGCCAGGGCCGCCGCCGCUGAAGCGCAGGACAAAGCCAGAAGGACCGUCGUCCACGGGGCCUGGCGCCGCCGCCGCCGCCGCCGCGGUGAUCCCAAUCGCUCGCGGCGGCGACAUGACUGGAGGCACCAUCGCGCCGCCGCCGCCGCAGCCGCCGCUGCAGCCGCAGCGCCUGGCGGCUAGGACAAGUGACGCGGAUAAGCGGCCGCCUAAGGCGCUGCCGCCACCACCGCCGCCACCGCGGCCGCUGCCUAACCCCCCUGGAGUGGUGGGUGUGGUCCCAGCACUUCCCCUGGAUGCAGCCGCCGCCAAGGCCGCCUGCCGGCCAGCCGCCGCCGCGGCGGCGGCUGGGGCCGCUGCUCCUGCUCCUGUCGCAGCCAACAAUGCCGUCGCCAGUGCCGUAGCUGGUGGCAAGGGCGGUAACAACGGCGUUGACGGCGGUAGCGGUGGUGGUGUAGGUGGUGGUGGUGGUGGGAGGGAGGGUCCAGCUGGCUACAAGUACAGCGCAGUGGUUCGCGGGCGAGCGGAGCGGGACGCUCUGCAGGCUGUGGAGUGUGCGGGGUGCAGGGCCUUUUACGAGGCGGUGGCGACGUGGGGGGGCUCGGUGGAGCCGUGCUGCUGUACACAUGCGCGGGGGGGGCGGACGGCGGCCGCCCCGGACGGGGCCCCGCGGGCCCAGGCGGCAGCGGCGGCGGCGGCGGCGGCGGCCAUGCAAACCGCGGCCCAGCCGCAGCAGCCGGCGGCCGCCGCCGGGGCUCCUCGGGCCCUAGCCGCGGCGUUACGUCAGGCGGGAGGACGUCAUCGGUUCAAGUUCGCACCCCCUGCUACCCCCGAUGGCUUCUGGGACAUCGGCUUCGGCGACACCCAAGACUGA